AAAUAUUAUGAAUUAGAAGUGCACCUUCGGAUAGUUGUGGCUAGUAUUACGUUCCCCUGGGGGAUUUUAACGGUAUUAAUGUAUCUUGUUCGAUAGUUUUCUAUGUAUAAGGAACCCCUCAUAAUUGGUAGUGGCAUUGGAUAGAUUCAGAUUUGGUGACAGUCAUUUGGGGGAUUAAAAGUAUUAUAGUUCAUGUAUAACAGCCUUAAGAAAUAUAACAUUUUCCGAAGGGAAAACAAUAUCCGAAGGAGGAUUUAAAAUUGAAUAAACAAGGAAAAUAAGUUUUAUUGUUUGGUGCACUAUCGCAGGAACGGUUUAUAGCGUAUGUUGUUGCGCUUUGAGGACAAUUCUGAUUCAAAAAUUCAAAUUGAAAUAAUCGAAAAAAGUAUUCUUGGAUAAUUAUUUUGUGAGUUUGAUUCUAAAUUGAGAUGACAUCAGCUGCAGUCGCCUCUGUUGCUACCUCCGCCAGUUUAAAAAGACAAACGGGAGCCAGUAAGAAUCUUUCUACUAUGGCUCAGAUUAAGGAACUUGUUGGACACACUCAAGACCAAAGGAACUGGAGAGGCAUUGCUAUAGCCUUGUUGGUUAUUCUGAUUGUAUGCGCUCUUAUAGUGACAGCCAUCAUUCUAGUAACGCCAGAUACUGAAAGUUCGAAGGAGGAGGACAACAGAGUAAAGCUAUCGUUAGAAAAUUACCUUAACCAAUCUUUUCAUCCGAAAGAGCUGUAUGUCACAUGGGUGGACGGAGACGAGGCCUUUGUGUACAGAAACGAUGAUGGCGCAGUCGUAGAAUACAACUGUACUUCUAAUGAAACAGUAACCUUAAUCUUAAGUACAGUCUUUAAAACAUUAGACACUGGAGUUUAUAAAUUGUCACCUGACCGAAAAUACGCCAUUUUGACAACCGGUGCACCAGAACAUAUAUACAGACAUUCCACACUUUCAAAGUACAGUCUUUACAACGUGUCUACUGGGACGUAUGUACCAUUAGAAGGAUACAAAAAUGAGGAUGUGUUACAGUACAUUGGAUGGGCCCCAAAAGGACCAGCUGUGGUUUUUGUGCAACAUAAUAAUAUAUACCAUAAAAAUAUCAUUACGAAAGAAACCAAACAGGUGACAUUUGAUGGAAUUACGGAGGAAAUAUUUAAUGGAAUUCCUGAUUGGGUAUACGAAGAGGAGAUACUGAUGUCUGACAGUGCAAUAUGGUGGUCUCAGGAAGCAACACAUAUUUUAUAUGCUCAGUUUAAUGAUACUGGAGUGAAAAAAUACAUGUAUCCUUACUAUGGUGAUCCAACCAAUGAAUACGGUGAAAUGAAAAGAAUAGCUUACCCAAAGCCUGGUGCGACAAAUCCAACUUUCAAACUAAAAGUUCAUAACUUAGUGACGGGUAAAACCAGUGACGUACAAGCGCCAAAAGAGUUUUUAAAUGUUGACCAUUAUUUCACCACCGUAUCCUGGCGAGAUGAUACAUACUUUUUAGUGACAUGGGUAAACAGAGCACAAAAUAGAACGUUAUUUACAGUGUGCACGGCCGUUACUGGGCAGUGUAGUUUGAACUUUGAAGAAGAGGUACAGGGAGGAUGGAUAGAAAUGGAUACGCCACCAUUAUUUACAGCCAAUGGGAAAGAUUAUUUAACUUUAAUGCCGAAUAAAGAUGGGAAAGCCGGGUACUUUAAACAUGUCGCCAUGGUGGAGUUACCCGUGAGUAAUAUCGGCAAGCAGUUGUCUCGAAAUAUUGGGAUCAGAAGAUUUCUUACCCAUGGACAAUACGAAGUGACAGAUAUAGUUGGUAUUAAUGAUGAGUUAAGGGAGGUGUAUUUCAUAGCAACUCCCGGAGACGCAAGAAAAAGACAUUUGUAUAGUAUCUCUACAGACAGUCCAUCUUCAUCAUUCACACCCACCGUUAAGUGUUUGUCAUGUGACAUUGAUGAGAAAUGUCAAUAUGUCACAGCCUCUUUUAGUCAUACUGGGAAAUAUUAUAUUCUUGGAUGCCUAGGUCCAGACAUUCCUUACUUCAUACUUAAAUCAACCAUGUCUGAUAUAUCAAUCAUGUUAGAAGACAAUCAAGUUUUACGGAAGAAAUACGAUAAAGUGGCCUUCCCAAAAAUUAAGUUUAUAGAGAUUGAAACAGAGGAUGGUGAAAAAAUUCAUGCCAAGAUGCUGAUACCGCCUGUAUGGAAUAAAGAUGAAAUUAUCACUUACCCAUUGUUAAUGUCUGUGUAUGGAGGUCCAGGUUCGCAGUUAGUUACAGAAAAAUUUGAAAUAAAAUGGGCAUCAUAUUUAGCUAGUACUAAAAAUAUCAUAGUGGCUUACGUAGACGCCAGAGGAACGGGUGCACGAGGAGAUCGAUUUUUACACAGGAUGUAUAAAAACCUUGGUUCCAUAGAAGUUCAAGAUACCAUAACUGCUGCUCAAUAUUUUGAUAGUUUAUCAUAUGUAGAAUCAAGUAAACUGUCAAUUUGGGGAUGGUCCUAUGGUGGUUAUUUAACUGCAAAUGUACUGGGAAGACAGCCAAAAGAAUUGUUUGAGUGUGGUAUAUCAGUUGCACCAGUAACAGAUUGGUUAUAUUAUGAUUCAGUGUAUACAGAGAGGUAUAUGAACACUCCAAGAGAAAAUCCAAAUGGAUACAGUACAAGCUCAGUAUUACAGUAUGCCAGGAACUUUAAGGAUGUUAUGUUCAUGCUGGUCCAUGGCACUGGAGAUGAUAAUGUACACUUCCAAAAUUCUGCUCAGUUAAUGAAAGCUUUACAAGAGGAAGAUGUUUACUUCACUCAACAGUUUUAUACAGAUCAACAACAUGGCUUAAAUGGUGGACAUACGAAGGAACAUUUAUAUAAAUCAAUGGGUGAUUUUCUAGAUGAGUGUUAUCAUGGUACAUCAGCAAAGUAUGAAGAAAGAAAAGAAGCAUUAGAACAAGAGAAACAAGAACCAAUGGAAGGAGAGAGAUAAUGAAUGAAUUAUGUGAUAUUUUAAAACAUUAAGCUCAGAAUGAGUUUCCAAUAAUGUCCGACCUUCUCCGGUUACUAAAAAAUUGUGGAUGAAAAUUAAUCAAAAUAAACCCUGGUAUAAGUCUUGGUUCGUUUAAUGACAAUUCAACAUAUACAGUUGUAUGGAGGUGAAAUUCGGACUUUAAAAGAUUGAGAUACCGUUGGCCUUUAUUAAGUAAUAAGUGUGAGAAACAUUACGAUUUAUAAUUGAAACGCAUUUGAUACGGAUAUUAUUGGUAAAAGCCCGGAGCCCAAUGUCAACAUUCAGCAAUGUGAAAAAGAUAUAAUCAGUUCGGUGAUUAUAAGACAAAAACAUAUGGAAAUAAUUCGUAAGAAGGGUAAAUGGGAUGGAUUACUUAUUUGUUUACUGAAUAGUGUUGAUUGUGAUGUACUGAAGCCAGAUGCCAAUUCUCAACUGAUCACAUUUAGAUGAUUUGGAAUAGUCUUUUUUCCUUCUUCAAAAGUAUUUUAAUAUAAAUUUCUUAAAUGAAAUAUUUGUUGUUAGAAUAUUAGAUAGGUAACUGUAUUCUGAUCUUUAUAUGGUACAUUUAAAAAAAAAACAUAUUAAACAUUUAUCUUGUAUUUUCAUUCAAAAUUUAACUUAAAUGUACACGUUGUAAAAAAUCUUUUUUAACCACUUAUAAAACAUUGCUUAUUAAUCCAAAUACAUACGGUUGAGCUUUAUUUAAAACAAUUGUAUAAUACUGUAAAUGAAAAUUGAGUGUAAUUAUUACCUUUGCUCAAUAUUUAUGUUGAGUGUUGGAUUUUCAUAAAUAUGAAUGGUUAAUAUAAAUGGAUAAUAGAAAAAAAGUCUUAGCUCAGUGAGCUGGAUGAAUGGUAAAUACAUUUACAUAUUAAUUUGUAUAAUUAGAAAAUUUAUAGUCUAUCAUUAUCUGAAUUUAUUAGAAUAACCAUAUUUCACUUGUAAUUUUUCAUGUUGAUAUCCUACCAUUGUAAUCCCUGCUUUCACUCAAUUUAAGAUAAAUGCUAUUCUUAGAUGUGAUAUUGUAUACGAUUAAAUGAGACAUACGAAUGUAUCGAAACCAAAUAAAUGAAAAGUUUUAUGUAUUUGUGAUGAAGUGUACAAAUUCAUUAUUUUCCAAGAGACAUAAACAUUGGUAGACUACUAUCGUCGUAAAUCAUUUGUUAUUAUUCCUUCAAUCUUUUAGUUUGUUUAGAUUUAUAAGUGUAAUACCCCUUUAGUAUAGUUGGUCUCCUAUGCCUUCUUCCACUUUAUUGUUAAUGUUUUGGCAGUAACCUAAAAUAUAAGAGUUCGAACCUACUUGUAUAUCAUAUUUAACAAAACAUUUAUGGGCAUGUUUCUUGAUACAUUUUAUCAAUUUAUUUUUUUCAGAUAUUGCAUUGUUGAUGUCUUGUUUUGUUUUUGUCUAUAAAUUAACAUUUUUAAUCAUUGUUAAGUUUUGCACUACUUAACCGCCAAUCAAAUCCCGCGUACCAAUAAAUGUAUCGUCAUUUUGUAAAUAGAUAUUCCUCAUUACUUUAUAAUAUUUAUCUUCUGAUGUUUUCCCUUUAUACCAUUUAUCCCAAUACAACAUUAACAUCAAAACACGUCUUUCUUUUCAUGCUCAUACAUGUACGCAGAAGCAAAAUCAUUUUUACCUAUCUUUAGGAUCAAGUAUACAUAUCACCAAUUUGUUAUGCCUACGGAAAUAUUUCACAGUUUAAAUAAAUAUUUUCCUUUGAAAAACCUGAAUUCAAACAAGAAUGUUGCAUUACAUAUAUUAAUUUACUUAAUACGUCUAAGCUGUAAGUAAUGCAGAAAUUAUAAUGGGAAGCACCGAAUACGGAUUGACUAUUCUAUAAUCAAGUAUAAAUGAAGAUUAAAACAUGUACCAUUCGCAUUUUGUACCUUUAUGAUUGUUUUGGAAGCAUCAACUUAACUCGAUAAAUAGUGAAAACAUGACUACAUUGUAAAGUCUAACAGAUGUAUUCAUUACUGAUUCAUGUACGGCAAUAACACAAAAUGAAGCUCAAGUCCAUUGAAUUGAAAAUAUCAUUUGAAUUAGAUUAUAAAUUAAUUAAGUUCCUUGUGGUUUUGUUUUUGUUUGUUCAAAUGUUUAUAUUGUGACAGUAUUUGUCAUAUUUUGUUACAAUGGUCAUGUCAUUAUCAAUUGUAAGUGUUCUUUUUGUUAUAAUUUUUUCAAUAUGAAUCUAUGACGAUUAAAGGGGCAAAGAGGGCAUACCCCUUCCCCUUCAAUCGAUUUGUAUUGUGUUUUCAUCAAAUACACCCCUCUCAAAUAUCUUGAAUCCCCCUCAUGUGUGAUAUAGAACUCAUGUCACAAAACUCUGAAUAGUGAAUGCAUUAUUUCAUAGUUUUGGUUUAAUCUUAAACAAUUAGUUUAUAUCUGUUUUAUAUUGAUAACCAAUUACAAUAUUGUGGAAUUAAUCUUUCAAACAUUUGUGAUUAUUAUUUUGAACUGCCAAAAAGUUUGCUUGACAGUGUUAAGUUUGUCUUUAGUAAAAUCUCUGUUUCAUUUUGCUAUUAAAUAUUCGGAAUUUGAGUAAAUUUAAGACAUAAAAUGAAAGUAGUCUUUUCAAAAUCAUAACUCUCUUGUUUUUUGCACUUAAUUAUCACCUGAAAUAUCCUUACAUCAUAAACUUUGUCUUGCUGAUAUGAAUGUAACAAUAAUCAACUAUAUUAGUCCGAAAUACAGACAAAACCUCUGAGGUAGAAUUAUAUAAGUGUCAUUGUAUAUUAAUUUAAUAACUAAACGUAGAUUAGAUUACAUAAUCAGAUGUAAAGCAAUUAAAUAGUAUAAUCUCUAAAAAACGACUUCAUAUUAAACAACGAUACUAAACGCACCAGCUAAAAUCUCAAGGGCCAAUUUAUUGAAGAGAAUUACGACCUUGUUUUAUAGAUAAUUAAUGGUUUUGCAAAUGAGAGGACCCGAAGAAAAGUACACAAAAUAGCAAUACAUAUAUGUUAUACAACCACAGCAUAUCAUGUAGCAUGCAACCUACACUUCUUGUUUUGUUAUUACUAUUUAAUAUUGUUGUAUAAUCAGAAAUGUAAAGAUUAUUCAACUGUGACUAUUGAUAUAUAUAUUUAAUUGUAAUGGUGUAUCUGAAAAGUAUACCUCAUUUGUUACAUUGUCAAAAUAAUUAUUCAUAUAUAUGUUUUGUUUUUCAUCAGUUUUUAAUAUUAUAAAUAAAUCAACGAAAAUGUUGAAAUAAACUUUUAAAAAAACAGUU